AUGACACGGCCGUGUGUCCGCGUAUUGACGCUAACUGGACUGACCGCGAAGGAGGAAAGCAAGAAGAAGAAGAGAAAGGAAGAAGAGGCAGAAGAGAGGAGAAGGAAGAGAGCCAUCACAGAGCCGUCCUCUGAAACCCGAAAAGACCACCCGGUGCAACGCAACGGGACGAGAAGUUGCGCGCCGAGCCAACAAGUGGGCUCAGGUGAGGCCGAGGUGAGCAUUUGA